AUGACCGUCGACAUCCUCUCGCUCCCUACCGUCUUCGACCGACCGGUCCACAUCGCCGUAAUAGGCGGCACCGGGCUCUCCUCCCUGCCCGGCUACCACCCGGUCGCGGCCCUCACUCCGACCACCCCCUGGGGCGCGCCGUCCUCGCCCAUCCUGAUCCUGGAGCACGGCGGCGUGCCGGUCGCCUUCCUCGCGCGCCACGGGCUGCACCACCAAUUCGCGCCGCACGAAGUGCCCGCGCGGGCCAACAUCGCGGCGCUGCGGGCGCUGGGCGUGCGCACGGUGAUCGCCUUCUCCGCGGUGGGCUCGCUGCAGGAGGAGAUCCGGCCGAUGGACUUUGUGGUGCCCGACCAGGUGAUCGAUCGCACCAAGGGUGUGCGCCCGUUCACCUUUUUUGAGGGGGGCGUGGUGGGCCACGUCGGGUUUGCGGACCCGUUCGAUGCGGGGCUGGCGGCCGUGGUGCAGCGCUGCGCGGCGAGCAUGCGCGGUGAGGGCGUACGCCUGCACUCCAAGGGUACGAUUAUCUGCAUGGAGGGCCCGCAGUUCAGUACUCGUGCUGAGAGCCACAUGUACCGCUCGUGGGGUGGCAGUGUGAUCAAUAUGAGUGCGCUGCCCGAGGCUAAGCUGGCGCGCGAGGCGGAGCUGGCGUACCAGAUGAUUUGCAUGGCGACGGAUUACGACUGCUGGCAUUCGACCGAGGAUGUGGAUGUCGCCAUGGUGAUGAAGUACAUGGCGGCCAACAGUGAGAAUGCCAAGCACCUUGUGGGCGCGGUGUUGGAUGAGCUGUGCAAGCAGGAUAAUAGCGAGCUGGUGCUGGCCAAGCACUGGGCUGGGAGCGCGCAGGGCGCCGUCAAGUUCAUGACCAAGCCGGAAGGGCGUGACCCCGAGGCGAUGAAGAGGGUGGAGUAUCUCUUCCCUGGGUUUUGGGAUCAGUAG